GUCUGGGGGUCCCCGAGUAGAGGUUUGAGAACCAUUAACAAUGCUUAAUUUAAAAGCUGUUUUCUUAACUGCAAUUCUUCAAGACGUCGGUAGUUGGAGCGAAGGAACGGAGCAUUUCUUAAGAAGUGUAACGUUUUUUUGAGAGGCAAGGUAGAGAGGUUGUUGACUCAAAAAUGCGAACGUGAGACAACUGCAGAACGGAAAGACGGACGGUCGGGUCCUCUAGUGUUGAGAAGAGUAUCAUCUGUAGUGGAUUCCCGAGGUGCUGACUACAAAAGUGUUCUAUCAUUCUGAGAGUAAGGGCUCCCCAUGCGCUUUACUCCUGACAGAUGGGAUGAAAGAUGAAUCAACAUUCCUAUUUUGAACACUGGCCAGUCAGUGUGGAGCAGGAACAGUAAUUGAGGCUGCUGUGUGUGUUGUGCAGAGUGGAGUUUCUCAUACCGUGGACAGAGAGGAGACGCGCGCAUUCCCCAGUCUGAGCACACACACACACACAGGGGGGAGAGCGAGAACCAGGGAGUUGAGACAUUGUGUGGAGGCCGGAGCCUGAGGGAGUUCCCCCCUCAUCUGUAGCCCGGCUAGCAGUCGAGACACCAUGCUGGUGCUGUGGGAAGGAGCACACUGGAGCCAUCUCAUCUUGCUUGGACUUUUGUCUCUGCGCUACCAGACCUACGCUAACGUUCUGGACAGUAUGUUGCUGAGGACUUUGGGGAAGGCGGCGGUGGACAGUGAAAAGGACGCCAGUGGGAGCACAGCCCCAGCCCUGCCCCAGCGACAGCUCUGGUGUUACUGCUAUCACCACUGUCCCGAGGACUCCACCAACAACACCUGCAGGACGGAUGGGUACUGCUUCACCAUGGUGGAUGAAGAGGAGGGAGGGGUCCCUGUCCUCACAUCAGGAUGUCUGGGUCUGGUGGGAUCAGAGUUCCAGUGCAGGGACACAGGCAACUCCCGACUGAGAAGAUCUCUGGAGUGCUGUACUGACCAGGACUACUGCAACAAAGACCUGCACCCCACCCUGCCCCCACUCAAAACACCCAAUUAUGCAGAUGGGAACAUUCACCACAUGGCUCUGCUCAUCUCGGUCACUGUGUGCAGCAUCAUCCUGGCUCUCAUCGUUAUGUUCUGCUACUUCAGGUACAAGCGCCAGGAGUCUGGGCCGCGCUACAGCAUUGGUCUGGAGCAGGAUGAGUCCUACAUCCCUCCGGGAGAGUCUCUCAGAGACCUCAUAGAACAGUCCCAGAGUUCAGGCAGUGGCUCAGGUCUCCCCCUGCUGGUGCAGCGCACCAUAGCCAAGCAGAUUCAGAUGGUUAAGCAGAUUGGAAAGGGCCGCUACGGAGAGGUGUGGAUGGGCAAGUGGAGAGGAGAGAGGGUGGCCGUCAAAGUCUUCUUCACCACCGAAGAGGCCAGCUGGUUCAGAGAGACUGAGAUUUACCAGACUGUCCUCAUGAGACACGAGAACAUACUGUGCUUCAUAGCGGCUGACAUCAAGGGAACAGGCUCGUGGACCCAGCUCUACCUGAUCACAGACUACCAUGAGAGUGGAUCUCUGUACGACUACCUCAAGUCCACCACACUGGACACCAAGGCCAUGCUACGACUGGCCUACUCCUCAGUCUCGGGCCUCUGUCACCUCCACACAGAGAUCUUUGGCACCCAGGGCAAGCCGGCCAUCGCCCACAGAGACCUGAAGAGCAAGAACAUCCUGGUGAAGAAGAAUGGAGCCUGCUGCAUCGCUGACCUGGGCCUGGCCGUCAAAUUCAUCAGUGACACCAACGAGGUGGACAUCCCUCCCAACACCAGAGUGGGCACCAAGCGCUACAUGCCCCCAGAAGUCCUGGAUGAGAGCCUCAACAGGAACCACUUCCAGUCCUACAUCAUGGCCGACAUGUACAGCUUCGGCCUCAUCCUCUGGGAGAUCGCCAGGCGCUGUGUCUCAGGAGGUAUUGUAGAGGAGUACCAGCUACCGUACCAUGACCUGGUGCCCUCUGACCCCUCGUAUGAGGACAUGAGAGAGGUGGUCUGCAUCAAGAGGUUACGACCUUCCUUCCCCAACCGUUGGACUAGCGACGAGUGCCUUAGGCAGAUGGGCAAGUUGAUGACGGAGUGUUGGGCCCACAACCCGGCCUCUCGCCUCACGGCACUGCGCGUCAAGAAGACCCUGGCCAAGAUGUCCGAGUCUCAGGAUAUUAAACUGUGAUGGCCGGGAGGGACACUCCAGGCGUGGGGGAAACACGUCACCACGGACCGACAGCCAGGGCUCUGCUCCGCUCUACCCACAGUCCUCUGCUGCAUGGGGGGUCAGGAGGACCAGAAGCCAGCAGUGCAUCACAGGGAGCCUCACCCCGGGCCACGGUCACUCAGAGAGAAGGAGAUAACUGUCCGUAACCCCUGGAACCCCUUGAACUGUCAUGAUGAACUACUUGUUUAGAUACUGAAUACCUGGGGCAGGUAUUGCCUUUUUAAAGCGACCUGCUAUGAUCAUGUUUGGUUGGCUUAGACAAAGAGGACACAAGCCAAGUGGGUUUUAUUUGUGCUUUCUGUGAAAGCUGCUCUAGUUUUGGAUGAUGGGCCAGUGGUGGCCGGAGGAAGGAGGUGGGGAACUGCAUGAGGAGGGUGGAGGGUGACCCCUUCAGGCGCAUCACAGGAUGACAGCAGGAGGAAUCAGCUGACAAUCUGAAGCCAUAAUCAAGUGUUGAUUUAGAUUUUGGGGUGUAUUUAUUAGUGCAAACGGUAGAAAAACAUUUUGCACCACAAAAGUUUUUCAACAAAAACAAGCAUUUCUUAUUGGACAAUUUUAGGUUAGUCCCUCUCCAUUUUAGCCAGUUGGCUUCUGUUUGGUUCCUAGUGAAUACACCCCUGUUGUUGUCCAGUAGUUUACCAAGGUAAACCAUGGUGUGUCUGGGGUAAAGGGGAGUUUUUUUCUUCACUAUGAGUACAUUAUAAAGUGUCAAGUACUGAUUCACUGUGGCCUCAUUUGUAAAAGUAGCUUAAUUUUUAUGUACGCCACAAAUAAAGAUAUUCAAAUGAUAUCAUUUCAAAUUCAAAUUGUAUCGGCAAUAAAACAUUUAGGUGACAAUGUC